CUAUUUAUACCUCUCCGUCCGGUCAUCCCGUAUUCUCCUUGUCGUCGUCGUCUUUUUUCGUUCUGUUUCUCUUUCUUCUCGCCGGAGAGACCCACCCAAAAAAACAGAAACUUUUGAAUUAAUUUCGAGAGCUCAAGGGAAAUAUGGAUCCGAUCGAAUCCGUGGAGUACAAUGGCUUUGAGAACACCAACGGAAACUCUCACACCGACCAUGGGUGGAAGAAGGUAGUGUACCCGAAACGCAAUCGGAAGCAAAAACCGGCGGAUCAGGCGGCGAAUGGCAUCGCCGGAAAUGUGGCUCCCAACGGAGCUUUAGCGAACGGAGACAACGUCUUCCGUUCCCUCGAGGAGCAGGCUGAAGAUCGCCAUCGACGGAUCCUCGAGGCGAAGAAGGCCGCUGAUGCAUCGGACGGUUCCGAUCUGACGAGAUCUAAACGCCGAUCCAACGGUUACGGCGACGAUGGGUAUGAUUUCGACGAUAGCGACGCUGAAAACGCUGCGGGGAAGGAGAAUUUGAAGGCGGAGGGAGCUAAAAAACCGAAGCCCAAGAAGGAGAAGAAGCCAAAGGUGACUUUAGCAGAAGCUGCUGCUAAAAUUGACGCAUCCAAUCUCGCGGCUUUCCUCGUCGAAGCUUCGGAACUGUAUGAGAAUCAGCCAGAUAUUCAGCUAAAGAGAUAUGCUGAUUACUUUGGGAGAGCACUCUCUGGUGUAUCAUCAGCUCAUUUUCCGUGGGUGAAAACGUUCAAGGAAUCUCCUUUGUCCAAGCUGAUCGAUAUUCCGCUCUCUCAUAUUCCUGAAGCUGUUUAUAAAACAUCAGCCGAUUGGAUCAACCAACGUCCCAUUGAGGCACUUGGAGGCUUUGUAUUGUGGGCCUUGGAUGCUAUUCUUGCGGACUUGGCUGUACAACAAGGAGGCGCCAAGGGCGGUAAGAAGGGCGCACAACAGGCUACUUCGAAAUCUCAGGUUGCAAUAUUUGUGGCGGUAGCAAUGGUAUUGCGCAAGAAACCUGAUGCUCUAACUAAUAUAUUGCCAACUUUGAGGGAGAAUCCCAAGUAUCAAGGACAGGAUAAGCUUCCAGUCACAGUUUGGAUGAUGGCUCAGGCCUCCCAAGGUGAUAUAUCAGUAGGCUUGUACUCGUGGGCGCACAACUUGUUACCGGUUGUCAGUAGCAAGAGUUGCAAUCCUCAGUCAAGGGAUCUCAUCCUUCAGUUGGUUGAGAGGAUCUUGUCCUACCCGAAGGCCCGGACCAUACUAGUUAAUGGAGCUGUGAGGAAGGGAGAGCGAUUGAUUCCACCUCCUUCGUUUGAGAUCUUAAUGAGACUUACAUUCCCUGCGUCAUCCGCAAGAGUGAAGGCUACAGAGAGGUUUGAGGCAAUAUAUCCCUUGUUGAAGGAAGUGUCUCUUGCUGGUGCACCUGGAAGCAAGGCAAUGAAGCAAGUCACACAGCAAAUAUUCACUUUUACUCUGAAAGCAGCAGGGGAAGGAAAUCCCGUAUUAGCUAAGGAAGCGGCUGCAGUCACUAUCUGGGCUAUCACCCAAAAUGUUGAUUGCUGCAAGCACUGGGAGAAUCUCUAUAACGACAAUUUGGAAGCUAGUGUUGCUGUUCUUAAAAAGCUCAUAGAAGAGUGGAAGGAGCGUUGUGUGAAACUGACUCCUGCUGAUACCCUCGCUCUCAACCGAACAAUUAAGAGCUUGAGGCAAAAGAACGAGGAAGCUCUUGCUGAGGGAGGAGCCAAUGGUGCAAGCCAUUCCCUUUACAAAGAUGCAGACAAAUGCUGCAAGGUGAUCUCUGGGAAACUCUCCAGUGGUGGUGGCUUCAUCAAAGGUAUAGCUAUCACUGCACUCCUGGCUGCUGCAGGUGCUGCUGCUCUGUCUGCCAACCCCGAGGCUAUAGCAGAGCUGAAGAACCAGGUGGAGUUGUGGGAUCUCAACAAAUUCACUGAGUCAGUAAUGACAGCUUUUAAGAACUGAAAAUGAAAACAUGGUUGGUGACGAUAAGCAAGAGAAGUAAGUCUCCUUAUCGUCGGUCUAGAAGAACCACUUGAAAAGCCGCCUUUUUUAUGCUCUCUGAUUACGAAGUUUUGAAACCUGACCAGAAUUAGGAGAGGUUAGGCUGAUGAGUAAGAAGAGGUUUCUGUCUUAUAAUCUUUUAUUUGUGGGGAGUUUGUUCAAACAAAGCUCACAAGUUGUAGAAGGUGUUGAGAAUGUUGUUUUCUAGUUUGAGAAUAAUGACUGUUUUUAUGUUUCAUAUUUUUUUUUCUUCCUUUCCGGGAACAAUAAAAGUUAAAUUUCAUUUC